AUGUCGGACAAACAACAGCAACAUCCAGCAGGGGUAAGAGAGCACCGAGGAACAAACGAGCGGCAUAGCAUGGUCAAGAAAGAAGAGUCCAAGCUACCUUUUUUCCCUUUUCUUCCUGCCAGGAAGGGAUUCAGUCGGCCAGCGAGGAAUCAUGCAACACUCACCGAGGAGUCGAGGAUACUACGGAGUACGGAGUACUCCGUACUACUUCAUGCACAUAAUACGGAAUCCCUGGAAGAAGUUGGCCUUGGGCAGAGUCCGCAGAAGGCCCAUUCGUUGGAAUAUAACAUUAUCCAUAUGUCCUCACUUCACAGGCAAACGGAUAACGGGACCAAGACGAAGGCUCUCAAUCAGGCAGAUAUCAGAACAUCUAAAGGAACAUCUCCAAUGAAGGCUCCCUACUUGGCAUGUUAUUCUCUCUUUGGCCUCUCUGUGUCGUCUUCUUGCAUCCUGCGGCCCUGGGCAUGCAUGUAUAUUAUGAACUUACCUAUAUACAUAGAUGCAAGCCUAUCAUUCGCCAGCCUGGACAGCAACCAACGACCAACGCCCUAG